AAACGCUUCCGGAAGAAAAGAAGUGAAAAGUGCUGUUAUUGUAGUGUGGGUGUAACAAAGUUGUUUUAUUUGUGUAAUGCUUUGUUGCACUUGUAUAUUGGAUAAGAAUUACUGUAUUUACUACAAACAUUCAGUAAAAUAGUAAUCAAUUGUCUGUUUUUGCAUUAUUAAUUUGCAUGAGAGUGCGAAAAUGGCAGCGGCAGAAGUGGAGCGAAGCUGUAGUAUGAAUGAAACCUUCCGGGCCUUAAAACUGCAAGGACAUGUUGGAUUUGACAGUUUACCUGAUCAGCUGGUUAAGAGAUCUGUUCAAGAAGGAUUUGCGUUCAAUAUCUUAUGUAUAGGAGAGACUGGUAUCGGAAAGUCUACUUUAAUGGACUCCCUAUUUAACACAAAUUUUGACUCAAGCCCAAGUGCACAUAACUUACCAUCUGUGAAAUUAAAAGCAAAUACAUAUGAUCUUCAAGAAAAAAAUGUUAACUUGAAAUUGACUAUCGUCGAUACGAUUGGCUAUGGAGAUCAGAUUGAUAAACAGGAUAGCUUUAAAGCUAUAGUGGACUACAUAGACACUCAAUUUGAAAUGUUUCUUCAAGAAGAACUGAAAAUCAAACGUUCUCUUGUAACAUACCAUGAUACAAGAAUUCAUGUGUGUCUAUAUUUUAUUUGUCCAACUGGUCAUGGUUUGAAGUCUAUUGACCUUGUGUGUAUGAAGAAAUUGGACAGUAAAGUCAAUAUAAUACCCAUAAUAGCAAAGGCAGAUACUAUAUCUAAAGUUGAACUGCAAAGAUUCAAAAUUAAGAUAAUGAGUGAAUUGGUCAGCAAUGGAGUUCAAAUAUAUCAGUUUCCCACUGAUGAUGAAGCUGUACAAGAAAUUAACUCCACCAUGAAUACUCUUCUUCCAUUUGCUGUUGUUGGCAGUACAGAUUUUGUUCGUGUUGGGAAUAAAAUGGUUCGUGCAAGACAGUAUCCAUGGGGGACUGUUAUGGUUGAAAAUGAAAAUCACUGUGACUUUGUAAAACUGAGAGAAAUGUUGGUUCGAACAAACAUGGAAGACACCCGAGAGCAAACACACGCCAGACAUUAUGAAUUGUACAGAAGAAUGCGUUUGGAGCAAAUGGGCUUUUCAGACGUUGGAGCCGACAAUAAACCUAUCAGCUUUCAAGAAACAUAUGAACAGAAAAGACAGGAGCACCUUCAGGAACUACAGAGGAAAGAAGAAGAGAUGCGGCAAAUGUUUGUUGUACGUGUUAAAGAAAAGGAAUCUGAGUUGAAAGAUGCAGAGAAAGAGCUACAUUCUAAAUUUGAUGCUCUUAAAAAACAACAUGCUGAAGAAAAGAAGAAACUUGAGGAAGAUCGAAAAAAGCUAGAUGAGGACAUAAACAAUUUAAAUAAACGUAAAGUUAAUGUGCAACAGGCCCAAACACAGGCUCCAUUUCAGUCAUUAACUCUUGGGAAAAGUAAAAAGAAAUAGCCUUCCCCCCCUCCAUGGGCCAUUUUUAUGUAGCAGUCAUUGCAUUUCUUUCAAAAAAUUUUGUAUUUACAGCUUGUUUUAUUGAUGUAAGCAUUAUUUAUAGAAAUACUCUUGCUUUUUUAUUUUGUUAAUUUUACUCAUAUUUUUUAUAUUUGUAUAUGUUACCGCUAAAGUGCAAAAAUCACUUAUUCUGCAGAUUACCUAGGUAAUGUCCAGAUUCAUUAGAAUGAUCCAUUAUAGUACCAAAAAUUUUCAUUUCUCAAAUUACCUUAAUAGUUUGCACUUUGCUUAUUAAACACUCAUUGAGAUUAAAUAAUAUAUUUUCUGGAGCUAAAGCAGCAUUUUUGGAUUGCUUUAAAUAAUAAGAUGUUAUUUUUGUGUGUGAUGCCUUUUGAUAUCAAAAAACUAAACAUUAUUAAUCAACAAAUUAGUUGAUAUAAUCAAUCAUCAAUCAGUAAAAGACUCGAAAACGAUAUACAAAUUGUUUAAAAUUUUACAAUUAAGGAAAUGAAUUUGCAAAACCUGUAAAAAUGUUUAACUUCUUAGUGAAAUCUAAAGAUCAAUGAUACCUUGAAUUACAUUGUAAUUUUUUGAACUGGAACUUAGACUUUUAUGAUAUGGAGGGAUAAAUUGCAAAAAACUCCUGAGGCCUCUUGUUAACACAGCAAAUCAGUUGAGCUGCAGAUUAGCCAGGUAAUGUGCACUGUAAUGGCUAUUGAGCUUUAGCAGCAGGCUUGGAGUUAUCGCGAUUAUGUAAUUGUCAUCAACCAUAAUCAGUUGCCUUUCUUAUAUCAUCAUUAUCAAGGUAUUUAAAGUACCUGUUAUCGUAAUUUUAUUCUGUUAUCAAGAUUACAAGUCCAAGAAUAAUUUCUUAAGCACCUGAAAUCAAAGUUGAAAAGUCGAAAGAUUCUUUCAAAAGCAUACAAAGCUUUUUUUAUUAAAAUAUGUUAUUAAUAGUGUUUUGCUAAUUUUAAGUUAACUAAUCAAAAAUUUUUACUUUUUGUUUUAUUCUAUUUUCUACCUACAUUCAGAAAUUUCAAUGAAAAAAAAUGUAGUUAGCUCAUCAAUGGACUCAUAACCAACAUAUGAUUAUAUGUUUCUCCACACAAGCAUCAAAUUUUUGCUUAAAAUGCAAAGGAAAAGGAACUUGGUUUCUAAAAUUAAAUGUUUCAAGUUUGUAAUUGUAUUUAUAAUAUUAAUCACUCCUCUGUAAUCAUAGUCUCAAUUGUAAUCUAUUUUUUAAAAGUCAUUACAAUCAAAAUGUAAUCUUUGUAAUCAGUCGCAUUUGUCUGUAAUUGACUUCAAGCCUGUUUAGCAGUUUCAUAUAUAUACUUUCUAAAACUCAUUUUCACUUUGUAUGUUAUUAGAAUGGACCAUUUUAAAUGUGGUAAAAUUAAAUAUGUUCUUUAUUUGUUGAUAAAUGUUUCUUUUUGCUCUCUGUAAUUUAUUGUUUUUUUAUAUAUAUAUAAUACAAUGUGGAGUAUAAAUUAAAAAAAU